UAAAUCUCCGCCUCGUCCGUCGUCGCCACCACCAUCGCCGUUCCGCCGCCGCCGCCGCGCCGUACCCCAGACGCCCCCGCCCCCGCCCCCGUCCCCGGCCUCUCGCCAGCGUCGCCGUCCCCCGUUCUUCCCCGCCGGGACGCCGCGCUCCUGCCGUCUCCGUCGCGUCCCCCCCGGUCUUGGGCCGUCGGUCUCCUUUGCUUGAGUUUGUCAUUAUUUUGGUUGCAAAUGGCGACUGAAGCUGCUUCUCACAUCUCUGGCGGUUCGGAGUCAACAACGGUGGCGUUGCUAGAACAACUUACUGAAGUAUUUGGCAAGCUGAAGUCCCACACAGAAGCAUCCCUACAAUUGCAAAGUGGCAUUCAGUGGGAAGAUAUCAAAGUACAUUUCCUGAACCUUGAGAAGUCAUACAGAAGCAAGUGCGAUGAACUGGAAGAAAAGCAGAAGGCAUUAGAAGAACAGAAAGCCGGAGGUCGUAGGCUGAUUGCUGAGAAAGAAGCUGAUCUUUCUGCAAAAGAGCGUGCUUCUGUGAACAAGCUUCAGGAGCUGAAGGAUGCUGCCGUCUCUACCCUAGCAGAGGUGCGCAAAAAAUAUAAUGUCGAGCUUUCUGAGAUACUUGAUGCCAAUGGAAGCAAAGACAAAAAGGUAAAAACCCCAACCGACGACACCAAUACAUCGCUCCCUUCAGACGAGCAUAACUCUGCUAAAGGGUCGGGCAAGCCAUCUGAACCUUCACCAGUUGAGGUUAAGCCACGCCCUGCACUGAAGGAACUCUGUGAGCAGAUGGACGCUAAAGGCCUUCUGAAAUAUAUUUCAGAAAAUUCAAAAAAACUUGCUGGCUUUCGUGAUGAACUUUGUGUUGCACUUAAAUGUGCAACUGACCCUGCGCGCUUCGUACUUGAUUCCUUGGAGGGUUUUUUCCCAGACCAACUGCCUGGGGAUAUAAAUUACUCCGCUCAGGGGCAGCGCAGAAGCUGUAUUGUUUUGAUGGAGGCUCUAGCACAUUCAAUAGGAAUGAAGGAGCCGGGUGGCAAACACCCUUGGAGCUCUGAAAUUAUGGAGCAAGCCAAGGCAAUUGCCAAAGAGUGGAAGAGUAAGAUAGCUGAGGUUGACCUUGAUGCUUCUGAUGGCUACUCAUUGGAAGCACAUGCAUUCCUGCAGCUUCUUACAACUUUUAAUGUUGAUUUGGUGCUUGACGAAGAUGAACUAUACAAGAUUGUAGUUGCCAUUUCUCGUCGCAGGCAGACUGCUGAGCUAUGUCGCUCUCUUGGUUUGACUGAGAGAAUACCAGGUGUUAUUGAGGAGUUGAUUAAGAAACACAGGCAAAUUGAUGCAGUUCAAUUCAUACAAGCCUUUGGGCUGUCAGAGGCUUUUCCUCCUGCUCCUCUCUUGAAGGCAUAUGUAGAUGAGAUAAAAGGCUCACUUAACAAUAAGGGAGAUGCCGGUGCAACUCCUUCAGUGGAUGAGUUGAAGAACCACGAGCUAAUUGCAUUGAGGGCCAUAAUCAAGUGCAUCGAGGAGUACAAGCUCCAGAAGGAGUGUCCACUUGGACCUCUCCAGAAACGCAUCAACGAGCUGAAACCAAAGGGCGCGAAAAGGCCAUCAGGUUCUGCUAAUCGCAACUACGCGAAGAAGCAGCGGGUCUCUGGCGGUGGCACUUCAGCUCCUCGGAGGCCCACUGUGGCAGCUCCCCGCAGGCCCGCAGCUCCAGUCGGCACAUGGCAGCAGCGCGCCCCUCCGCCGGUGCCCGCCUACCCCGACAGGUACGGGGUCGCCGCCGACCGGUACCACUACGCGCCGCCGCCUGCCGCAGCGUAUGACGCGGCCACCUAUGCGGCCUACGGCGGCAGUGGCGAGCAGUACAGGGCCGCCGCCCCGAAGCCGUACCAGUACAACCCAGGAUCAGCAGCCGCCGCCGCCGCCGCCGCCGCGUCGUACAACAACAUACCCCAGUAUAAGGUCGUGUAUGGCGGCCCCGGCGCCCAGCCGUCCGCGGCAGGCGGCUACGCGCCCUACGGCGGCGCGGCGGCGCAGCAGCCCCAGCCUGCCGCUUCGUCUGGAGGCUACCUGAGCUACGCCGCCGGGUUCGGCUACCGCCCUUCGCAGCAGCAGUAGACGAUGUGAGCUGAAACUACCCUGUUAGGCCUUUGCUCUUGUAUGCAAUGUGUACUUGGCUCCCUGGAACCACCCUCCCUAGAGGAGUGGUGGAGUUGUUUACCAUCCAUCCAUCCCCUAGUGCAUCUUGUAGGUGCUGUAACUUGCUUUUUCCCCCCAAAUCUUGUCGGUGUAAGAAGUCAUAAAGAGAUUUGUGGUGCUACAUGCAUCUUACUUAA